CAUUUGUGUCCAACAAUGCCCAGCAGCUUCCCGAGGAAAUGAAUUAAAUGAUUAUCCUCUCAGUAAUCAGCCCAUCUAUCUCCAACAAUAGCCGGACUCGGAGCAAUAAUCUGUUUCUGACAAGGUAGCGGAGAAAACAAAUGGGUCCGAGCAGUCAGUGUGUGGGCUCAGCUGGCACAAAGACAACACAAUGUAACACGAUUUAGCCGGAUACCAGCCAUAUAAGCAGACAGCUCCUCUCACCUCACCGGAGAAUCCAUUUAUGGAGAAAGUGUGACCGGAAUUCCGAAUGAUGGAGCUUUUUUUCUGUCCUCUAAAUGAGCCUGAAGGCAGCAACAAGCUCCGAUGUUUGGGAUAAAAGUCAAAAAUCUCUUUCAAACCGAACCGUUCACCUGUAAUAUUUGGAGUUUAUUUACCUAAACUGGAUAUGGUUUUGAUUUAUUCCACGUUUCGUCACGGCGACCUCCACCAGUCCUAUUUCUGGAGUUCCCUCUAAUUAUAAAAAACAAACAAAAAAAAAAACAAACUCAAGUCCAUAUUUGGUGAAUGACGCAACGGGACACCCAGAGAUUCCCUUUAUAACCAUAACGCACCGGCCAGGAGCUAUUUACAAGAGAUGAGAGGCGGAACAGACAAAAUGAGGGGAAAUAUUCAUUCCGUCUGAGAGCCAGUCAGACAGCAAAGCGGAGACUUAAAUAUAAAUUAGGUUUAAAUCAUCUCAGAGAAUGACGGCGAAGAUAGUUGAUGAAGUUUCUGCGUCUCUCAGCAUUGUAGAUAAUAUUCCUAAAGAUGUGUACGCAGAAAGCUCGAUGGUGUUUAAAGAAGAGGCUGUAGGGGAGGAGGAACAAGAAGGGAAACUUGAUGAGAAUGGAGGCGGAAACCUUCUGUUCGAGGAGAAGAGCGCGCCUGAGCUGCCUCUCCAGGGCGACUUGGCGCAGUACGUGGCCACUUUACGCACGCACCCUGUGGCGUUUACCGGCAAGUUUUCUCUGGAUUCCAGGAGUGCAGGAGGACCGUGGACACCGGGGGACGUUAUCGACGUGGUCAGCGCGGACAUCGCCACCCCGGGGUCGCUCACGGUGUCUGGUUCGCCCUCAGCGUCGCCAGAUAUUUACGCAGGAGGAGGAGGAGGAGGAGAGGACGCCGGGGACGGCACCAUGGCGCACGGCCAGCCAGACAUCAGCCACAUGUACGCGCCCCCUCACCCCCACCCUCACCCGGCCCCGUCCUACUCAUGCAGCGGUGACAUGUACCAGGAUCAGUCUGCAGGGGGAUACCUGGCCACGUCCACCUGCGCCGUGUCCUACCACCCGCCCCCCACCUACAACUCUGCGCCCAAACCGACAGUUGACGGCGCGGCGCUGCUCUCCAUCAUGCCCGAGUACGGAGGCUUCUACCAGCAGAGCUGCCAGAGAGACAUCCAAUCCGCCUUCCCGGAGAGGAAGUCCCUUCCGUACCCCCUGGACUCCCUCCGGGUCCCGCCGCCUCUCACGCCCCUCAACACCAUCAGGAACUUUACGCUCAGUGCGCCCUCGCCGGCCGCCGACGGUCCGAUGGCCGCCGCCUUCCCAAACCACCAGAACCUCCCCCUCAGGCCGAUCCUGAGACCCAGAAAGUACCCGAACCGACCGAGCAAGACGCCCGUCCACCAGAGGCCGUACCCGUGCCCGGCGGAGAGCUGCGACCGGCGGUUCUCCCGGUCGGACGAGCUGAGCCGACACCUGCGCAUCCACACCGGCCACAAGCCGUUCCAGUGCCGCAUCUGCAUGAGGAACUUCAGCCGCAGCGACCACCUCACCACGCACAUCCGCACGCACACCGGGGAGAAGCCGUUCUCCUGCGACCAGUGCGGGAGGAAGUUCGCCCGGAGCGACGAGAGGCGGCGGCACAUGAAGAUCCACCUGCGGCAGAAGGAGAAGAAAUCCUCGGCGUCCUAAUCCGCCCCAAACUUACCCUGUAGUUUAAAUUAACCCCACAGGAAGGAACACUUAAACUUGGAAGCCAUAUCUUUAAAAAAAUAAAUCAGGGAGAAUCAGAACCAGAAUCUUCUUAUUUAUCACUAAACAACUCCUCACCCAUCCAGAGUUCAAACAUUGAAAUUUAAAGGUUUGGUUGGAGCCCGUGGUGCGCAUGUGCCAGUCCAAACCACCAGCAGCUCCUACUGUCUGUGCUUCAAGCUCUCAGGGAUUCAAUUACAGUUCAGGCAGCAAAGAUGAAACCAAGAUCCUGCAGCUGAGCAGAGAAAUAGGAGUCACACUGAAGUGACUUCUGGACUUUUGACCUAAAAUCAAAUUUUAUGGCGAUGGCCUGAGAAAAUGUAGAGGAAAGAAGAGAAAACAAACCCAUCUUCAGCUGCAAAAGUCACAGGAUUUCUAUGACCGAUUAAGACAUUUUGUAUUUUUGUCCAGUUAUCAGCUGAUUUUAGCUGCUGUUCUCCAGAGUUUUUACACUGUCGGCACUCAAAUGUCCACAGAAACAAGAUGUCAAGCUCUGCAAUUUUGCAAAAACGUGAAACAAUAAAGGAGGAAGUGAUGUCUGAGUGCACUGAAGGGACGUCACAGCCUGGGGGCGGGGCUAAAGUGGGACUUUUUAUUGGCUAGAUGCAGCAAAAUGAAGCUUUUUUUUUAACGUGCAGGUUUUCUAUCAUGUUAGAAAUGUUGUCUCACACAGCAUGUUGGGAUCUGAUGAGAUUGUAGCCUGAUAAUCUGUAAUUUUAUGGUUGAUUUUUUUAUUUUUGGAAGGUUUCCUGACCAGCGUUUCUACCAGAUGAAUGUAAGAUACAAGAGUAACUGGAGAAAAAAAAGUUCUGUUGUCGUGUUUUAUAAUUUUUAUGCAAACAAGACGAGCACUAAAGCUUUUAUUCUGAAGGACUGAUGCUUCUUGUCCAUGCAAAUAAAUGUUGACC